GAAUCCUAAUGAUGGAUAAGGAUAGGAAACUUUUAACAUGAGUUUGAUUGGCCAUGUUCUUCUGCCUCUCCAUCCUUCAACAUCCAAAAAUUCAAGCCAAAAAGCCUCCAAUUAUCCCCACUUCCCAAAGUUUAGUUUACCAAUUCUUGCUCCAAAACCAAUUCUCUUCACCAAUCUGCUCUCCUUAGCUCUAACUGUUACCUUAAGCUCUCCAUUGCCUUCCUUGGCUAUCCCUUCUCCCAACUCUCUGUCAGCAUCUCCCUUACUUCCUCCAACCACUCCAUUCUCUCAAUCCAAGAACUUGGCCACUGGACUCGAAGAUGGGAAAAUUCGGCCUUGUCCAUCUACGAAUCCAAGCUGUAUAUCAACAAAUCCGAAAACUUCACAAUUUGCAUUCCCAUUGACAAUUCCUGGAGACUCAACAGAGAACGCAAUUCAGAAAUUGCAGGAAGCAAUCCUGAAAACACAGGGAAAUGCCAAGAUUCAGGUCAUUGAAAAUACCCCUAACGGGCAAUAUUUACAAGCCGAGGUUGACGGAGGAUUUGGGCGUGAUGUGCUUGAAUUUUUGGUAAAAGGAGAUGUGGUUGCUUACAGGUCUAUGGCCACAAAAGUUACCUAUGUGUAUCCCUUCACUACAGCUUUUGGGGAUUCAAAAGGACAGGAAGAAAGAAUGAAGAAAAUCAUUGACCAAUUAGGUUGGUAUACAUUCUCAUUAACCGAAGAGUAGUUACCCAUGAGAAAACUCGAGAGGAAAAACAAAGCUUAGUAAGAGAAUAGAAUCAGCUCAUCUACUUCUCAUUAACUGAAGAUAUUUAUAUACAAGCCUUCAAGACCAACUGUCCAACUACUAUGCUUAACUAACCUUUCCAUAAACCAUUAUUUCUGCACCUGUUCUCUCGAAUGUUACACUGAAGAAAAAGUAUAAUAUAAAAUAAAUAAACAGGACAUUUAGUAA